CUCCUCUCUGACUGUUUCUAAAAAAUUGACGCUGCAAUUUUCCGGUGAGGCAGUCCCAAAGAAGAGAGAGAGAUAAUAUGAGGAUAGAAGAAGUGCAGUCAACUACGAAGAAGCAGCGAGUUGCAACGCAUACUCACAUUAAAGGCCUUGGUCUCGAUGGCAAUGGAACUGCAGUUCCUCUGGCGGCUGGCUUUGUGGGUCAGGCACAGGCAAGAGAAGCCGCUGGCCUCGUUGUUGAUAUGAUACGACAAAAGAAAAUAGCUGGCAAAGCUUUGCUUCUUGCUGGUCCUCCAGGUACCGGCAAAACCGCCUUGGCCCUUGGUGUAUCUCAGGAGCUUGGGAGCAAGGUUCCUUUCUGCCCUAUGGUCGGCUCAGAAGUUUACUCAUCAGAAGUGAAGAAGACUGAGGUACUUAUGGAAAACUUUAGGCGAGCAAUUGGUUUACGUAUCAAGGAAAACAAGGAGGUUUAUGAAGGAGAGGUGACUGAGCUCUCCCCGGAAGAAACUGAGAGUGCCACAGGUGGCUAUGGCAAGAGCAUUAGUCAUGUAAUCAUUGGGUUGAAAACUGUUAAAGGAACCAAGCAAUUGAAGUUAGAUCCAACCAUCUACGAUGCUUUAAUAAAGGAAAAGGUGGCUGUUGGAGAUGUAAUAUAUAUUGAAGCGAACAGUGGGGCAGUUAAGAGGGUGGGGAGAAGUGAUGUUUUUGCCACAGAAUUUGACCUUGAAGCAGAGGAGUAUGUCCCGCUUCCCAAAGGAGAAGUUCACAAAAAGAAAGAGAUUGUGCAGGAUGUAACGCUACACGAUCUAGAUGCUGCAAAUGCUAGGCCACAAGGUGGACAAGACAUAUUAUCUCUAAUGGGCCAAAUGAUGAAGCCUAGAAAAACAGAAAUCACGGAUAAGUUACGGCAAGAAAUAAAUAAGGUAGUUAAUCGAUAUAUUGAAGAAGGUACUGCGGAGCUUGUUCCUGGAGUGUUAUUUAUUGACGAGGUGCACAUGCUAGAUAUCGAGUGCUUUUCUUAUUUGAAUCGAGCACUGGAGAGUUCUCUAUCCCCAAUAGUGAUCUUUGCAACUAAUAGAGGAGUAUGUGAUGUGAGAGGAACAACAAUGAAGAGUCCUCAUGGAAUACCUGUUGACCUGUUAGACCGGCUAUUGAUAGCAACAGAAACUUAUGGUCCUGCUGAAAUGAUACAGAUUUUAGCAGUUCGUGCUCAAGUGGAGGAACUAGUUGUAGAAGAAGAAGGUCUUGCUUACUUGGGUGAGAUUGGGCAGCGAGCGUCUUUGAGACAUGCAGUUCAGCUGUUAUCACCUGCAAGCAUCAUUGCGCGGAUGAAUGGCCGAGAAAAUAUCUGCAAGGCGGAUAUCGAGGAAGGCAGUUCAUUAUAUCUGGAUGCCAAGUCUUCAGCUAAGCUUCUGCAGGAGCAGCAAGACAGAUAUAUUUCAUGAUGUAUUUACAGUUCGGGUUUCUGUUGUUUGCUAGCUUGUUGAAUUAUCAUAUUCGUUUGCUUGUGAUGCAUAUUGAUAUUGGCCAAGAAUGCAUCAAAGCCAAGCAUCGCGAGUCACUUGGUCCAGUUUUGCCGAUUAGAAGCCUUAGGGUAGUCGAGGCAUGUUGUGCUCUGUAUGUCAAAUCAACAAUCUCAUGCCAUUGGCAUUUAAACAGCUUUCCUCAGUUGGUGUGAACAUUGUGAUUUCUGUAUCUUUAAUUGUUAGUACUAGAGCUGGUUGUGCAUAUACUAUGUGGGAGGAAGAAACAAUUAAUGCCUUCUUUUUUCUUCU